CCGUGGCAGAGCCCUCCAUCGCGCCAGUUCAUCUUCGGCGGGUGAACACGAAGGUUGAGUUACUACUCGUCACUCGCCUGAGCCGAAGAGAGGUAGAGAGAGAGAGAGAGAGAGACGCAGCUACACGAGUCUGUGUGGGCUUCAGAGUGCGGGGGGAACUUUUGGAAAAAGGGAAAAAAAACUUUUUAAGAGAGAAGAAAAAGUUGAUAGAGUGCUGCAUUUGUUUUAAUAAAAAAAAAGAAGUUUGAAAUAGGAGAGGACACAAAACAAGAUAAACACUAAAUCUGCAUCCAAGCAACAAGUGUCUCGACACCGCUGAAGGUAUGGUAUUCCGAGGACGGCAAAGCAGCGGCUCCCUAACAUGGUUCCUGCUGGUGGUGGUAUCUCUGGUGGUCGUGGUGGGCGUGCACCCCUCCCCUUACCCCGCCUACGAGGAUCACCUGCCCUAUCAGAUCUCACAGGAGGAUGCCCCUGGCGACGUCUCCCCCAUGACCUACAACCCGGACCCCCAUCUCUCCUUCCCACAGGAGCUCGAGUUCGGCAGCUCCAAUCCAGAGCGGUUCCCUCAGAUCUUCUAUGAUAGGCGGUCGGACAGCAACAGAAACUUGCAACAGAUCCUGCGGUCGUUUCCCCUCGUGGUGGGAGGGCCCUCGCCGUCGGAUCGAGUCCUUCCCCUCAGCUGGAGCAGCCUAGAAGAAGCCGCACUGGCCCAGCAGGGCCGCGGGACCGGAGUCUCGUCCAACCUUUCCAAAGGCGCCACACUAACUCAGUUAACUCUUGAAGAACCCAGGCCAAAGAGAGUUAUGUGCCAUUUCAAAAUCUGCAAUUUGGGUCGACGCCGGCGAGCACGCAUGUCCAGCCCUCUGCAAGGAUGGCUAUCGUAACAACGUUCCUAAACACACCACCACCACCACCACCGCCACCGCCAACACAUCAUCUCUAAACACUAACCCACUAACCCUCUUGUGUAGCUUCGCUUAUAUAUAACUUCCACAAUACUCCCUCCCUCUGGGUCUUCCUGCUGUCGUUUUAUUCGUUGCCGAGACAGUGCGGUCUCUGAAUCUCUGCAAUAAUUCUCUUCAUAAUCUCUGUCCCCUGUUCUCCUGUACGCAAUUUUCUCCUCACACUCUCACCCUCACCCCCACCCCCACCAGUUUCCAAACACAGUCCCAAAUAUCGAAUGCUUUUCUAAUGCCUACAGAAUAAUUCUAAUAUAUACUAUAAUACGUGUGUGACACUAAACAUUUUCAGAGAUGCUAAAUGAAAUUAACACGAACUCCCCUCCCGGCACAUCCCCCCACCUUCCAAAAUACUAGGCGCCAACAUCCUUUAUAAGUUCAUUUAUGGAUCACGAAAUUCAGCGACUUUUCACGCCUUCUGGGGGCUUCUCGAAAGAACUCGAAUAAAAGACAACAUUUCUAAGAACGACAAAAUGCAUUGGCUGGUUUCAUUUUGUUCCUUUUAACAAUCGAAGUCGAUUCUUUUAAGAAUGAUAAUGUGACGCUAGAUAUCAGAAAAUGUAACUACUGGGAUUGUGGUGAAGCAAACUUCAGGCCGCUACAGCUUGGUGGUGAGAUGUCACAGCUGUGUGCAUCUUGCGAUGAGAAAUGACACUCUCCAAGACAAUACAUAUUUACAUACUUCCAAAUGUUGGGCUUCGAUGGUAUGCGACAGUCUGUAAUUCAACUGUAACACAACAGUCUGAUGUCUUCUUCGUCAAAUAUCUCGAUAAUUCGAGAGACUUGGGCGUUCAAUACUGUCAUCAGUUUGUUUAGGGUCCUCGUGCAAGGAAAUGCAAAAGAAGUCAUUUUGCUUGAAGCAGAUCGGACGUAGGGACUUACAUUACCAACUCCAACACUUAAAAAUGUAUUCUAAGACGUAACUAUAUUACAACUUACAAUACAUUUUUUUUUAUAUAAAUAUAAGCAAAAACAAAGUCUUCAACUGCUUUCCUAAAUACAAGUUCAUUUACUUUCUUCAGUGUUCUUGCUUCUAAACUGAAACUGAGCGAGGAGGCGAAUUCUCAUGACAACUUGAUCUCUGCUUAGGAAAUAUUUUCUUCUCCUACGAAAUCUUCGAGGCUAUUCUAUCAGGUGGAAGGUUCAGUUUUAUUUGAGGCUGGAAGUAUAAUUCUUUAAGUUCUUACACCUUCAAAUUUACCGCAUUUCCUAAUCAUUUCAAAGGGAUGCUCAACGCCUCUGCCACAGUACAGACCAUACAAAUCGAAUCGUGUAGAAGAUUACUCUUUCACACAGGAUAGAAAGUACACGUAGGUAUACUAAGCUUUGAAACUUCCUUAGUGUUUUACUACUGAGAAAUUCAUGAACGGAUCGUCUUUCUCGUACAAUUCUCUCAUGAGUGAAGAAGAACUUUCUUUACGGAUUACAUUUCCUCAAAUCCGGACCAGAAUGUGUCUCGAAAACAGUUAAAAUUUUAAAUGUAGAGAGUGCUUAGUUACUCUCGCACAGUGCCGUAGGGCCAGGGGAUCUUGUUCUUCUGAUGAUAUCACGAAACGUUUCAUUAUUAUUAUUAUUUUAAAAAACUCAAUCGUCAGUUAAAGCGAAAAUACGCCAAAUAUUUAAAGAUCAGCAACACUC